UGCUGCUGCUGGGCGCCGCGUGCCUGCUGCCCCGGAGCGCGCAGGUGAGGCGGCUGGCGCGCUGCCCCGCCACUUGCAGCUGCACCAAGGAGUCCAUCAUCUGCGUGGGGUCCUCCUGGGUGCCCCGGAUCGUGCCCGGCGCCAUCAGCUCCCUGAGCCUAGUAAAUGGAACGUUUUCGGAAAUCAAGGACCGCAUGUUUUCCCAUCUGCCUUCCUUACAGCUGCUGUUGCUGAAUUCAAACUCAUUCACUGUGAUCCGGGAUGAUGCCUUUGCUGGACUUUUUCAUCUCGAAUACCUGUUCAUUGAAGGGAACAAAAUAGAAACAAUUUCCAGAAAUGCCUUUCGUGGCCUGCGGGACCUGACUCACCUUUCUUUGGCCAAUAACCACAUUAAAGCACUACCAAGGGAUGUCUUCAGUGACUUAGACUCUCUGAUUGAACUAGAUUUAAGGGGUAAUAAAUUUGAAUGUGACUGCAAGGCCAAGUGGUUGUAUCUGUGGCUGAAGAUGACCAAUUCCACGGUGUCUGAUGUGCUAUGUAUUGGUCCGCCAGAGUAUCAGGAAAAGAAACUGAAUGACGUGAGCAGCUUUGACUAUGAGUGUACAACUACAGAUUUCGUCGUUCAUCAGACUCUGCCCUACCAGUCGGUGUCAGUGGAUACGUUCAACUCCAAGAACGAUGUAUACGUGGCCAUCGCACAGCCCAGCAUGGAGAACUGCAUGGUGCUGGAGUGGGACCACAUUGAGAUGAAUUUCCGCAGCUAUGACAACAUCACAGGCCAGUCCAUUGUGGGCUGCAAGGCCAUCCUCAUUGAUGACCAGGUGUUCGUGGUGGUGGCUCAGCUCUUCGGCGGCUCUCACAUUUACAAAUACGACGACAGUUGGACCAAGUUCGUCAAAUUCCAAGACAUAGAAGUCUCACGCAUCUCCAAGCCCAAUGACAUCGAGCUCUUUCAGAUUGAGGACGAGACAUUCUUCAUCAUCGCCGACAGCUCUAAAGCCGGCCUGUCCACCGUGUACAAAUGGAACGGCAAAGGCUUCUAUUCGUACCAGUCUCUGCAUGAGUGGUUCCGGGACACGGAUGCCGAGUUUGUGGAUAUCGAAGGGAAAUCACAUCUCAUCUUGUCCAGCCGCUCGCAGGUCCCCAUCAUCCUACAGUGGAAUAAAAGCUCUAAGAAGUUUGUCCCCUACGGCGAUAUCCCCAACAUGGAGGACGUGCUGGCUGUGAAGAGCUUCCGGAUGCAGAACACCCUGUACCUGUCUCUCACUCGCUUCAUCGGGGACUCCCGGGUCAUGCAGUGGAACAGUAAGCAAUUCGUGGAGGUCCAGGCCCUUCCGUCUAGAGGCGCCAUGACACUGCAGCCCUUUUCUUUUAAAGAUAACCAUUACCUGGCCCUGGGGAGUGACUAUACGUUCUCACAGAUAUACCAGUGGGAUAAAGAGAAGCAGCUAUUUAAAAAGUUUAAAGAAAUCUAUGUGCAGGCACCCCGUUCCUUCACAGCUGUCUCUACCGACAGGAGAGAUUUCUUUUUUGCAUCCAGUUUUAAAGGGAAAACAAAGAUUUUUGAACAUAUCAUUGUGGACCUAAGUUUGUGAAGGUGUGAUUGGUGUGUUUAGAUGACAUAUAGCAUUAGCAGUCACAAGAGAGAGGACCAAGAGGAAAUACAAGAAGAUAAUGAAAUAAAACAAACCAAGCUCAACAGCUCUGAAAUUAAAUUUUUUUUUAAAAAAGGCAUUCGGGGGUAGGGUGGGGGGGAAUAGUUAGAAGUUUGCAAACUUUUAGAUCUCACAUUUUAAUCAGGGAUUGCAUUUAUUGGCUUAACUGCAUGACAUGUUCCUACCAUUUCGAAAAGACAUCUUUAAGCCUGUAAUGUGAGGGAAGAGGGCUGUGUUAAUUCUUCUCACCAUCUAGGAAGUAAUAUAACUUUGGCUUUCUGUUUAAUGAAGAACGAGAACCAUUGGAUAAGAUGAGACAGUACUAGUGAAAACAUUUAAAAACCAAACCCAAAUCUCCUAAACCUCCCUUCCCAUUCUGUUUUCAAAGUCUUAUUGGUAAGAACUGUUAAAGCCAAAGUCAGCUAAAAACAUUUGCUGAUGAUUAGUUGAAAAGUCUUAGAACACUCAGCAAUGCUAUUUUGAGCCAUCUGAGUUUCC